AUGGCUAGUGACCACUGUAUCCUUUGUGAGAAACGGAUCGAAGCAGAGAAGCAGAAAAUCAUCCAGGAAUGGCAGCAGCUCCGUGAGUUUCUGAAGGAGCAGGAGCAGCUUCUGCUGAGUUGGCUGGAGAUGCUGGACAGGAAGAUUGCACAGAAAAGGGAGAAGAGCCUCUCCAAGCUCUGCCUGGAGAUUACCCUGCUUGAGGAUUUGCUUGGCGGAAAGGGAGCGGAGAAAGAGGAGCCAAAUCGUCUCCGGCAGGGCUGCUUCAGAAGCACAGGGAACAGUAUGGAAGAUGGCGCGUCACCAAAAGCGGAACUCGACUUAGAGGAGCUCGAACAGAGAGUCAACUGUUUCUCUGAGAAAAAGGACACCCUGCAGGAAGUGAUGUUGCAGUUCAAAGAGACUUUACGGAUGGAGCUGGAGGGUGACACAGGUACGUCUCGGAGUGCCUGA